AUGACGGCGAAAAUGGCCAAGGCGAAGAGCCGCGCCAAGGAGUUUCGAGACCCCCACGAGGUCACAAGAAAAGAUUACGACCCAGAAUCAAAUGGCCCUGCAAGCGAUCAUGGUAGCGGCACAGAUGAGAGUGAAGACGAAAACCUGGGAACUGAGCACUACGUUGAGGUUGGAAAGAGUAGAUUGAGGGACAAACAAGGUGUUUCGCUAGGGCCAGAGUACAGAGGUUCCCGUGUCAGCCGAUCUGCGUUGAAUGCCGACGGCGCGGAUCAGCAAGGGGGUAGUGACGAAGGCGAUUCUGACGGAGACACCUACGAUGAUCCGGAUGACGCUGACCUCGCAAUGGACGAAAUGGAGGCCGGCGAUUCGGAGAUUGAGAGCGACAACGCACUCGGCGCAUCAGACACGGAACGGUUCAAGGGGUUUGCGUUUCGAGGCAGCUCGAAGCCCGGAAAGCGAAAGGGAAGAGCAACCGCAGCGGAUUUUAUGUCCGAGGGGGAUACGGAAGAAGACGAAGUUGAAAACGAUGUCAUGGAGGAUGGACCAGAUGCGCUGUCAAAUCACGGUGAGACUGGCUCGGAAGAUGAAGAAGAGCAGGCAACCGACGAAGAUGAAGAAGACGACAGCGACGAAGACGAGAUUAGCGAUGGCCUGUGUGAGGACGAAGACGAAUCAGUAGCAGAUGAAGACGAUGAUGAAGACGGGGACGAAGACGAUGAAGAUGAAGAUGAAGAUGAUGAAGACGAAGACGAAGACGAAGACGAAGACGAAGACGGCGAUGAGCAGUCUGCCCUCGCAAACGGGACUGCAAAACCCAAGCUUUUGGUUCCGUCCAAUGCAGCUGACGUGGCCAAAGGCACUGCCAUUCAAGCCCAGCGCAAGAUCUAUGAUGGGCUACUCAAUCUGCGCAUCCGACUUCAAAAGGCCCUUGUAGCUGCCAACUCUUUUCCCACGAUCGAACCGGAGGUUGAUGCUGAAUCGGAGCCAUAUGAGGCUGCAGAGGAAGCAGCCAUCAAGCUGCUCAACACAAUCAGCAGUCUUCGUGACAACUUUUGCGGCUCACAGGCGAAAACCGGACAAAAGAGAAAACGGCAACUGUCCAUGGCCAUGUCCAGCGGGGAUAUCUGGGAACAGCUUCAACAAGAAGACGAAGCCGCGGCUGGUCAGCGAGAGGAAAGACUGGAGAGGUGGUCCAAAAAGGUCCAGAGCGUCAACAUGCCCAGAUCAACCGGAUUCAGCCAGCAAAAGAAGAGCCUGAUUGAUAGCCUUCGGGAGCAGCUCCUCAUGCCCGACAACCGACUGGUGAAGCGAACGCGAGUCCCUCGGUCUUGCGCGCCCGCUCAGGUCUCCAAGAAGGUCAUGACGGACGAGUACAUCUACGACGACGCCGACUUUUACCAGCUUCUUCUGAAGGAGCUCGUCGACCAGAGGACGGUGGAAGGCCACAGUGCCCGAGCAGCGACCGUUCCCACAGUCAUGGUGACGGCCAGCAAGGAAGCCAAGCUGCGCAAGCAGGUGGACCGCAAGGCAAGCAAGGGUCGAAAGAUGCGCUUCACCGUCCACGAGAAGCUGCAGAAUUUCAUGGCACCAGAAGACAGGAGAGGCUGGGAACAAGGGGCCAUUGACAGGUUCUUUGGCACACUGUUUGGGAGGAAGCUGGAACUGGAUGAGGAUGAGGAUGAGGAUGAGGAUGAGGAAGACGAGGAGGCGGAAGGACGUGACGCUGAAGAGGAAGGACUGCGAUUGUUUAGAAACUGA